AUGUCUGACAGACAGAAGGGGCUUGGAAUUGCAGUUGAGGCUGUGUUGCCACAUGCUGAGCAUCGCUUUUGUGUUCGGCAUCUACAUGCGAACCUCAAAGCGAAAGGCUACACCGGGAAAGCUAUGAAGGAUGAGUUGUGGGGGGCUGCACGUGCAGCCAAUGUUUAUGCGUUUGACCAUCACAUGCAGAAUAUAUUGUCAAUGGAGAAAGGUGCACACGAUUACCUUAGUGGUGUACCGAAGGCAUCAUGGUCCAGACAUGCUUUCAACUGCCAAACCAAAAGUGAUAUGUUAUUAAACAACUUGGCCGAGAGCUUCAACGCGUGGAUUAAGGAAGCUAGGAUUAAGCCUAUACUGACUAUGCUUGAAGAAAUUCGUCUGCAAAUAAUGGCACGCUUCCAGCAGAAAAGGAAUGGAAUCCGGUCGACGCACUACACAAUAUGCCCAAAGAUCCAGAAAAAAUUGGAGAGGUCAAAAAGUGGUGCAAGGAAUUGUAUUAGUCGGUGGCAGAAUGAGUUGGAGUUUGAGAUCGAGGACAUAUACGAGCCACGGCGUUUAGUCCGGUUAGAUCAUCGCACAUGCACAUGUGGAAGAUGGCAGAUGGACAAGUAUAUGCAAGGAUAUGCAGCUCGAGUGUAUGGCAUGGAAGGUCCACAGACAUGGCCAGCUGAUGAUCCAUGCGAUGAAAUCCAGCCACCUAUCAUUAGAAGGGCUCCUGGUCGACCAAAGAUUAGUAGGCGAAAGGCUGUAGAUGAGCCAACUAACCCCUACAAGCUAACCCGUAGUGGAUAUAUUGUUAAAUGUGGAAAUUGUGGGGGUUUAGGGCAUAAUUAUAAAGGUUGUCAUUUACCUUUGAACCCAGACCGGAAGAGGUGGAAACCGAAGAAAUAUAAGCCGAAAAAAGAUGCUACUCAAGCACAGGGAUCAACAAGCUCAACCCCACCCAGAAGCAGAAGCCCACGGAUCAUCACAGCCAAGUGUUCCAUAUCCUCUUUCACCGAUGAUGUUAUAGAUGCCGACGACAUUGACUGUUCAUUUUACAGUAAAACCCACAAUUAUUAG